AUGAAGCCUGUUCUUGCUCUCACAGUCUGCCUCAGCGGCAUCAUGGGCGCUGAAGCCUGGGUCUUGCCUCCUGGCGGUGCACCUAAGGCUGGCUAUGCUCUUCGUCCAGAGGAUAAGACCGGUAACAAGAAUGCCGCCGACACGAAGAUCAAGUUCUCACCCGCUGGUUCCUCUUCUUCCGGUACAAAGUCAAACGCUGUCGCUGGCUUCAUCGACCCCAAGACCGGCGGUACAUCGCGUCGUGGCCUUGAUAGGCGCGGUGACGAUGGUGACGACGAUAGUUCUGAUGACGGUGUUGAAGGUGACCCUGAGGUCACCGCCUUCAAUCACCCAGCCACCAAGAUUGGCACCCUCCAGAAGGGAGAAACCUCUGGCAGCGAUGAUGAUGAUGAGGAUGAGACAAAGUACUUCAAGACCAACAACAAGAAGCAAAACGGCAAGAACAAGGAUGAUGACGACAAAACCAAGACCAAGAAACCAGACAGCACCAAAACAAAAUCCAGCGAUGACGCCAAAAAGACAAAAUCUAGACACUCUGGUGACGACGACGAGAAAAAGACCACCAAGACUAAGAAGGAGAACAGCACCAAGACAAAGUCUAGCGAUGAUGUGGAAAAGACUAGCAAGUCGAAGCACUCCGGAGAAGAUGAUGCUAAGAAGACGACCAAGACUAAGAAGCAGAGUCCUACAAAGACGAAGAGUAGUGAUGAUGCGACCAAGACGCCUAAGGUGAAGGAUAAUAAGAAGAAGGGCUCCAAGGAUGACAAGAAGGUUGAUGACAAGAAGAAAUCCAAGAGCACAUAA